AUGGCUGCCACAACAAACAAGUACGCUUCGCGAUCGCCGAAUGCACGCAAAUUUAAAGGAUUUUUGACCGAGAAAGAGAAGAGAAGAAGAUUGGAAGUUAUCCAGGCGAACCGCCAAUAUAAGAAAGUUUCUGAAGUAGUUUUAGAAUCAAAUUCAGGUUUCGUUGGAGCAGGUAUAGACCACUAUACGCACAGCGAUCAUUUUAAUCAUAUGCACAAUCUCAGAAAAAAUGAUGAUUGUAUAGCUAAGAAGUAUAUUGGUAAAUAUUCCACAACAAUCUUUGCAAAUGAAGGAAAGGAUAUAAUUAAUGCACAUGAUCAAAACAAAGUUCCGUCCUCGUAUUUGAAACAAUACGAGUCAACUAUUCAUGACGAGGACAGACGAACAUAUGCAGCAAUGACAUCAUGUGUAGACGAGGCUAUCGCGAAUAUCACUGAGGCACUUGAAGAGAAGAACAUGUUAAAAAACAGUAUAAUCGUUUUCACUUCCGACAAUGGCGGGGCUUUGGUAGGUUCUGCUGGCAACAACUGGCCCCUGAGAGGAGGAAAGCAUACGAGUUGGGAAGGAGGUGUGAGAGCUGUUGGAUUCGUUUAUGGUGAUUUGCUUCCUUGUCACUCACGAGGUACCGAGAAUACGGGUCUAAUGCAUAUCACAGACUGGUUCCCAACUUUAAUAACAUUGGCUGGUGGCAAUCCACAUGUCGGAAAGAAGCUAUACGGAGUUGAUCAGUGGAAUAUGAUAACAGGUGAAGACAAAUCUGGGCGCGACGAUGUGUUGAUUACACUUGAGGAAGAUAAUAAAGCAGGUGCACACUAUAGAACUGGUAUAUAUAAGAAUAAUGCUUUUGACAUAACAACACAUGCAGCGAUAAAAAUGGGAAAAUGGAAGUUAUUGACUGGACCAAUUGGAGGACCAAGUGAUUGGGUUAAACCCCAAGAGAUAAACUCCGACCAUAGAAUAGUAGAGGAUCCUGAUUUCGACUCAACACGUAUGGUGCGACUAUAUAACAUAGAAGACGAUGAAACUGAAACAACUGAUUUGUCAGAGAUGAAUCAGCAUAUUGUGAUUGAAAUGCUUGCAAAGCUUCAUAACUUUUCGAAGCAGUCCGUGCCUGCCCAGUCAAGAAUAUAUCCGCGUGCUGAUUUUGAUGGGAUGGGAGAAUGCAUAAGUCCAUGGGUAUAACGAAUGGCACAAUACAUAUCAGUCAUGGAAUAUAGUAAUAUUAGAAAAACUAAUAAACACAAUACUCAAUAGCAAACCUA